GCAAUUAAUUCAUCUUGUAAUAAAUAAACAUUAUGUUCGGUGCCUUAUAUUUAGCCUAACAAUUGGACCAUAUCCAAUAAGUACACCUUUAUAUGUAGAACUUGCUAAACCUAUAUAUACCAACUCUUUUAGCUUUCUACUCCAUCACUCCACUCUUGCUACCAUUGUUUUCUAGGUUGUAAGCUAGAAAAAACUUGAGAAGCAAGCAAGCAUGAAGAUCCAAGUUCAUGAGAAUCGAACGUGUUUUUUCUUCUCAUUCUUCGUCGUAUGUUUUUUCUUAUUGAUCCAAAAUUCACAACAGCAGAGGCCGCAGAACACGACAUGCCCAUUUAAGUAUAUAUACAGCUUUGGAGAUGGAAUAACCGACAUUGGAAACACGGUUAGGGUUCUCCCUUUCGGACCGUUUCUUCCUGCGGCACGUUCGCCUUAUGGUCAAACUUUCCCCGGUCAACCCACUGGUCGUUGGUCUGAUGGGCGUAUCGCCAUUGACUAUAUAGGUUCGGAUCUAGGCUUGCCAAAUAUUGUACCGUAUUUGUCGUUACGUGGUUCUACCAGCAACGAUGGCGUCAUCUUUUCAGCUGCAAGGAGUACAACUUUAGACCGUUUGUUUUUCAAAUUAAGGGGCGUUGCCAUUCCACCUUAUGCUAUUCCUCUUAGCGGUCAACUAAGAUGGUUUAAAGCUUAUCUUUCAUCCCUUUGCUCAACACCUCAAGAUUGUGCCAAUAUAGUAGGGGACUCUGUUAUAAUUUUGGGAGAUAUUGAAGCCAAUGACAUCGGGUAUGCACUAGAGCAGGGCAAAUCGAUUCAACAAGUCGAGACCUACGUGCCGUUUAUAAUACGAGCUCUUAUCGAAGCUGCAACCGAACUGAUCCGAAUGGGCGCCACACGAGUAGUACUUACGGGAAGUGUUCCAGUUGGAUGCUAUCCUUAUAUUCUUACAGCGUUACAAACCAACAAUGCCACGGCGUACGAUGAUUUGGGAUGUCUGAAGAGUGUGAAUGAUCUUAUCUUGUCGAAAAACCAACUUCUCCAAGAAGCCGUCACAAAUCUCGCUGCACAAUUUCCCAAUGUCGGCGUAUAUUAUGCCGGCAUAUACGAUAGUGUGCAAUCAAUUAUUCGACAGUCAUCCAUUUCAGGUGAGGUUUUUUUUUUUUUUUUGAAACCUUUUAAAAUUAAUUUAGGUUACAUUCGUUGCAUGAUUUAA